AUGUCUCGUGGCAACGUAUCUGGGUUGGUGAAGGUAGUGUAUAUCGAAACGAAGUACGUGGAAACCGAUGCCACAAGCUUCAAGUCCGUCGUUCAGAGACUCACCGGAAAGGAUUCCAAGGUUGGGGUGGAGCAGACGACUAGUGGCUUGGGUGCCGAAAGAAGGGUGGCGAAUUUGUCAAGAUUAGCUUCAUUUAAGGAGUUUGAUAGGUUGCUUAUGGAGCUGCCGCCUUUGGAUGAACUUUAUCGGCUUUGCACUGGCUAA